AUGCCUGUCAACGUUCCCUGGACUCGUCUAAUCCGCUUUGAAGCGGAAGAAGAUGCUAACAUUCACUAUGGCGAGCCGAUAGUUUCCACUAGCCAACCAGACCUUGGACGGUUAGACAAGUCGCAACUGCUGAAGGCCAAGAAGAUUACUGGAAAUCCCCUUAAUUCAUCUUGUAACAUAACCAAGACAGUACUCACAGUUCGACGACUCCUUGCGCCACUAGCGAGACAAGACGUGUCUGCCAUUCGAUGUAUCGGUGGAAACUAUCGCACGCAUUUGGACGAGCUCAGCAUUCCGCCUCCAGCGUUUCCAUGCAUGUUCCCCAAGUUUCCAAACUCUAUAGUUGGUCCUGGGGAAAACAUUGAGAUUCCAAAAAUUGCACAAGAUGAUCAGGCAGACUAUGAGGGCGAACUUGUCAUUGUGAUAGGAAAGGACGUAAAGAACGUUUCAGUAGAAGAUGCAUACGAUUAUGUUGUCGGCUACACAGUGGGCAACGACAUGUCUGCUCGAAAAUGGCAAGGCAAUUUCACGAGUAGCACCAUCCCGCCUCCUCAAGCUGGGUUUUCGAAAGCAUUUGACUCGUUUUGUCCAAUCGGCCCAUGCAUCACUGCAGCACACCUCGUGCCCAAUCCUCAAGAUCUCAGUCUCCGCACAUGGGUAAACGGAGAACUACGACAGGAUUCCAACACUUCUCACAUGCUAUUCAGUGUCGCCCGUAUUAUUGAAUUUCUUAGUCAAGGCACAACGCUUUAUGCAGGAGAUGUGAUUCUCACUGGAACACCGAGUGGUCCAGGCUUCACGAUGAAGCCACCUCGGUGGCUUCAGCACGGAGACAAGAUUGAGAUCAAAAUUGAGAGUCUCGGAACACUUGUAAACCCGGUUACAUACGCUUAA